ACGAAGCCAAUCAAGAGAUGCAUCGAAAGUGCACUCUUCUGAAGCUACAGGUUUUUUAAAUCCAUAAUUCAGAAAUGAUUACUCACGCUGAGAACUUUAAUUCAUCGACUGGAUCAAUUGCAUUAUAUAUUGCAUACUUUUACACAAAAAACAGCAAAGUUGCAUUUGCACAAUACGAAUUGAUCAAUUGAUAAAUUUAAAAAACUAUCUUUUUUUAAUUGAGUCAAUUAAUAUCUUAUCACAGAAUCGAUAUAUAUAUCACUGUCUAUGAUAAUCACGCGAAUUCAUACAUUCUCUAUCUGAGAAUAUCGUCGAAUUAAUUGACUAUAAUACACGACGUUCGCAAAAAAUCUAGAAAGUUAAAAAUCUCAUUGCGAUCGAGGCGAGACGGAAGAAAUCGGGAGCGAUCGAGCGUUCUUGCGGCGAGUUACUCGCGGAAUUGAAGAGUCACGAUUGAUGACAUCACUUUAACGUCGAUAUAGGCGUAUAAAUGUACGCGGUUUCCUCCAACAGGCCAGACUACUUUCUGUGAGAAUCCCGCGUCAGUCGCUCGACAUGCUCUCGCACACUUUGCUCGUCAACACCGGGAACGUGCUCGCCCUGAGCGAAGCGAGGCAGAAGGCCAGUCAGAAUUCCACGGAUGAGCUGAUCGAGACGCUGAAGAUCAUCCUGAAUGAUGCGCAGGGCAAGGGAGACGACACGACAGUUAUCAAUGGAAAGAGAGAUACGAGUUUACAGGACGUGGAAAGAAAAGACUUAAAGAUCACUGUGAAAGUAUUUAUCUCAUUACCUGAUAUUGUUUCGUUGAAGGAGGCGUUGGACCAAGCAUUCGAAGCACUAUGUACAGAUACCAUAGAAUCUUUAGUGAUAGCUUACAAAAGUGCCGAGAGUCCAGAAGAUAUGCUACCAUCCUUAAAAAAGAUAUGGUCUGUAGUGGAGGAAUAUGUAAAAGUUGACAAAUUAUCCAGCGUUGGUUUGAGUGACAUCAACACAAAUACCUUUAUCGAGCUAUUUCAGUGGGCUGACAUAAAACCAAAUAUUGUACAGAUCAAUUUAGCCACAUGUUGCGUAGUACCACCAGCAUUGCAGGAAUUCACUAAAGAAAAUGAUAUUCAGCUGCUGACGCAUAGUGAUCCCACCCAAAUUCUUCCUCAAGAAGUGUUAGAAAACAUAUUUGGCACCGCUGUCUAUUUGCAGUGGCUGAUAAGAUAUCAGAUCCAUCUCAAAUGUCGUGGAAUUUUGUCAUCAAAAGGAUACUUACUACGCAUUAAUAAGUCAAAUAUUAAACCUUAACGUUAGUAGUACUAUAAAAAAAUUUUUUUUAUUUGCUGUUACACAGAUAUCUCUGUAUUAAUAUAUUUUACAAAGUUUUGCACUUAAUUUUUUAAAUAUUUAAUCAGUAUCAUUCAAUAUUUAAACAGUUUUUUGAACAUUUUUUUCAUUGUACAUAGUAUUACUGUUACACAUAAGUAUUUUAUAGUACAACACUGCGCUACGUAUCUUAUUAAUUUUAUCGAUUAGCUCUUGCACUAGUAGUUUUUGUAUAAAUUUGUAUAAAUUUUUAUAGCAUGUAAUCUCUGUCGAUGCAUUUUUUCUUUUUAAUCUCAAUAAUAUUCUCAAUAGUUGAUUAUUGUAAACUAUUUGAGAAAUAAAUAAUUGCAAUUUCUUGAAAAGAAAAAGUCAUUAAAAAAGUUAUUUUCAGAA